CCCUCUUAUGAUUGCCUCUAAACCCCAAAACCCUAGCGUCGAAAUUGAACACACUGUCUCUCACAGUACAUCAAUGGCGGACUCCGUGAUUUCUCUUGAUAAGCUGAAAGCCAUCUGGCAUUCUCAGAUUCAUGACGAGGAGAAAUGGGCCCUCAACGUGAAACUGCUGCGUGCUGCUGGGCUGUUUGCUGGAUCAAUUUUUCUGAUGCGCAAUUAUGGUGAUCUUAUGGCCAUAUGAGAAUAAUGGAGUGGCCUUCUGUAGACUGAGCUAAGCUUCAAGUGAAGUAACUGGAUGUGGUUUUCUCUCCUCUCCAUGGUUAUAUUUUAAAAUUGAAGGUGUAUCUCAUUUCUGUGGACCAAUUUUAGGAUUAUGUUAUUACUUUUGUGGUGUACUCUUUUGAUGGAGUAAUAUUCUUGAGUUUAUAAUUUAAUGUCAAUAAAACCAAAAAAAAAAAAAGUUAAAUUAAUCUUACAAAAAUAUUAAUCUUAGUCAAUACAAUCUUAUUAUAUUAAAAUGACACUUCAACCCCAAUAUUUGCUAAUAGAGCCACAUGAAUUAAAUUUCCUCUAA